ACAAAUCCCUGUGAUCACUGAUAUGUGACCUCUCAUGUAGGAGUAACACAAUGGGCGAGGGUCCCGGUGGGUCAUGGACCAGUGCCGGGACAGAGUGUGGGGCCAACAGGAGGGUCCUGGGCUUGAAGGGCCUGCCCUACUCUCCACGUGACCUCAGACAACCCCCUUCCCCACCGUGUAUCUUGAUUUCCUCAUCUGUGAACUGAGGGAAGUGUGGACCAUCUGCAUGGUUCUCAGCACACCCUCUGUAUCUCUGUCUGGCUUGUGCCUAAUCCCCACGUCUCUUGUCACCCCACACAGGCACCUUCCUGUCCACAGUUCAGUCUUCUCCCCAAGGAAUGUAGUGUUCCUGCUGCUUCUCUCUCUCUCUUUGGAGGAGACAUCUUCAUCGCCAAUGAAAAGAGUCAAAGAGAAACCAGGAGUGUGCCCCCAUGAGAGGAUCACCUGUGAAACUAAAGUUCCAGAUUGGUGCCGAACUGAUGGGCACUGCGUGGAACAGAUGAAGUGCUGCUCAUUUGCCUGUGGGAAGAAGUGCAUGGAUCCACUCCAAGAACCCUGCAUGCUACCCUCAGACCAAGGAAACUGUAACAGUAAUAUCAUGCACUGGUAUUUUGACAAUAAACAUCACCUCUGCAAACCCUUUACCUAUGGAGGUUGCUAUGGGAAUGCUAACAACUUCAUCAGCAAGGAACACUGCAUAAUGGCUUGCACAUUAAUUGUCAAGAAAGGACAUUGCCCACUCUUCCCUUUCAAGAACCGUAUGGAGUGUUCAUCUCUGUGUACGAGUGACAUCGAUUGCCCCCAAAGUGACAAAUGUUGUGAAUCCAUGUGUGGCUUUGUUUGUGCCAUGGCCUGGACAGCCAAAUCAGGUUUCUGCCCACACAAGCCUGUGGUGUGUUCCACAUUUGAUAGACCCAAGUGUCUUCAGGAUAAUGAUUGCCCAGUGUCACAGAAGUGCUGUUCACAUUGUGGAUUGAAGUGCCUGGAACCUCAAAAAUGAAUA